CGCUACCAAAACACUUUGACAUGUCUUCACUUGUUCUGAUUUUAGCUCUAACCUUCUCAUAUAAUCUAUGAACUGCAGCUCUUCCAUUCUUUGCCAUAGUUUAUCUCUAGGUACCUUGUCAGAGGCUUUCUCAAAGUCCACAAAACAACAAUAUGCUUCAUCACCUUUGAUUGUUCCAAAUUUUUCCUAUCAAAUGUCGUAGAGUAAUGAUAGAUUUUGAUUUCCCCCCCAGAUUGAAAGAAGGGUAAACCUGAAACCACUAAAUAGAUUGAGUCUCUCAGCGUGCCACGAUUUUAAGAAACGCUCGGUAGGAUUUUUAUUUUUAGAGAUGAGCUGCAUUGUUAGCUUCAAUGACGGCUUGCUGCUGUGUAAAAGGCAAUCGAUAAAAUCGCUGGGAAUCGGCCCACUGACAUAUCGCUGCACGAAACCCUCAAACACCAACAAUAAGUUUUUUAAUACUAAUGACAGUUGCCUGCAUCUGAGCAAGAAGAAAAUAUUACACCGUAGAUUCCCUGUGAUAAGAGCAAGUAAACAAUUGGCUGAAUCGAUUGAGCAUGAAAUCGAGAAAUACAUUUCCACCGGAAAAUUUCUAGAAUUUAAACACCGUGCAGAUUUUCAUUUGCUCCGUGAUAAUGGAAUCGACGGAGUAGAUCUGCAGACUGCAAUUGUUACUUACCAAAAGAAGUUACCGGGGUCGAUUCUUCAGCCAGGAUUGCAGGUUGCCUUGGUAUCUUGUCUUCACCACGCCGAUAAAGAGUUUUAUGCAGACCUUCAGCAAGAACUUGAUAACUAUGACAGGGUCCUAUAUGAAGGAAUUAUAUUUAAGGAUCCCAUCAAGCAAUCAAAUAGAAAUCCAGAAACACGCUUGAAACUUAAGAAUUAUAUUAAGUUUCAUCCAAGUCCAUUUUUUUUAAUUGCAUACUUUCUUGGUCUAUAUGAUCACUCGAGUUGUCUAGAUUAUGGGAGGGAUAACUGGUAUAAUGCAGAUCUUGAUUAUCACACGUACAAUCGGAUGCGGCUUAAGCGUGAAGCUAAGGAAAAUUGCACGGACUCCAUAUUGGAAGAACAAACAAGUGACAAAUCUAGCGAGGCAAUUCCUUUGUCAGCAUUUGAUGAAUCUCAUCCGAUGAAAACAUCUUUGACAAAUGUAUGCAAACUUUUUUAUGCAGACUUCAUUGCUUCACGGUUGGACGCUGAUGGUCUAAUUUACUCUGUUGACAUUGAGGAAAGGAACAAAGUUGUAAUGGAAGAGUUGAGAGCAGCAAUGAAUGAUGGAUGCAAUAAAAUAGCAGUACUAUAUGGAUCUGGCCACAUGGCAGACCUGGAUAGACGCUUACAGGCAGAACUUGACCUUGUACCUACCCAAAUAUCGUGGAAAACUGCAUGGGCGAUUAGAAAUCAGAGCAAUCUUCAAAAAGAGCUGCUCUGCUUUUCGAUUCUUGCAGUACUUGUGGUUUUGGCAGUUCGUCUCUUCUCUUUGAUUCCUGUAGUACUUGUGGCUUUGGGAGUACUUGUUGUAUUCCUUUUAUAGCCUCUCAAUAGAAGUUUAGGUUAAUGUGUUCUAUCCCCAUGUUCAACUGAUUGCACUAUUGGGAGUUAGACAAGAAGAAAUCAGGAUAUAAUUGUGUAUGCAUUGUCUAUGUAUGUUUUUGGUGUUUGGGAUAAACGAUUGAGAGUUAGAGAAGAAGAUACCAGGAGAUGAAUGUGUCUGCAUUGUCCAUAUAUGAUUUUACUUUGAGCCUUAGUAGGAGAUUGAUAGAAAUGGUACAAGGCAUGCAGUAUGAAAUAGUAAUCUAGAUAAACGUGUAUUAUUACUGCCCUUGUUAAAAACAAGAGUUCUAGUUGGGUUGUAAUGCUUUCUUUCAAAAGCUUUUCGUUAAUUUAUGAAUAGUCUUGAGAUGGUA